AUGUAUGUGACUAUUCGUUCGGGAAAUGGGUUCGGGAUGAAAGCUACCCUUCCGGCAAAUAUACCGAGAAUUGCCCCUUCUUGGAUCCUGGUUUCCGAUGCCAAGCGAGUGGCCGGAACGACACCGAUUACCGGAAAUGGCGAUGGCAACCCUACGGAUGCAAUCUUCCAAGACCGGAUCAGGAACGGGCGGGUAGUUUUCGCCGGUGACUCAAUUGUUAGGAACCAAUGGGAAUCCAUGCUCUGCAUGCUUGCUCAAGGGGUUUCAAACCAAUCUACUAUUUACGAAGUAAAUGGAAGCCCCAUAACAAAGCACAGGGGCUUUCUUUCCAUGAGGUUUGAGGAGUACAACCUCACAGUUGAGUACUACAGAGUGCCUUUUAUGGUGAUGCUAGAUCGCCCGCCACAGAAUGCCACAACAGAAGUACGCGGUGCUAUUAAACUCGACAAGCUGCAUUGGUAUUGUGAUAAAUGGGUCGGAGCUGAUGUCCUCGUAUUCAGUCCAAGUCAUUGGUGGAACGAAGACAAAACUACAAAACUGGGUAACUAUUUCCAGCAGGGUGGUACUAUGAACAUGACCAUGGAUGUUAAAGAGGCUUUUGGAAGAUCUGUGAACACGUUAAUGUCAUGGAUAAUGCAGAAUUUGAACCCAGAACAGAGCCAUGUUUUCUACCGUAGCUAUUCACCAGUACAUUACAGGCAAGUUCAAAGCAGCUACUAG